AUAGUGAAUGCAGGGGGGGAGACCAAGCUGGAUAUAGUGAAUGCAGGGUCCGGGGAGACCAGAUAUAGUGAAUGCAGGGUCCGGGGAGACCCAGAUAUAGUGAAAGCAGGGUCCGGGAGACCAGAUAUAGUGAAUGCAGGGUCCGGGGAGACCAGAUAUAGUGAAUGCAGGUCUGGGGAGAGCGAUUUAGUGAAUGCAGAGGUCCGGGGAGAGCGGAUUUUAGUGAAUGCAGGUCCAGGGAGAGUGGAUAUAGUGAAUGCGGGGUCUGGGGAGAGCGGAUAAUAGUGAAUGCAGGGUCCAGGGGAGAGCGGGUAUAGUGAAUGCAGGGUCCAGGGAGAGCGGAUAUAUGAAUGCAGGGUCCGGGGAGUCCAGAUAUAGUGAAUGCAGGGUCCGGGGAGAGCGGAUAUAGUGAAUGCAGGGUCCGGGGAGACCGGGAUAUAGUGAAUGCAGGGUCCCGGGGACAGCGGAUAUAGUGAAUGCAGGUCCGGGGAGACCAGAUAUAGUGAAUGCAGGGUCCGGGUAGAGCGGAUAUAGUGAAUGCAGGGUCCGGGGAGACCGGAUAUAAUGAAUGCAGGGUCCGGGGAGACCAGAUACAGUGAAUGCAGGGUCUGGGAGAGCGGAUAUAGUGAAUGCAGAGUC